CUUAACCAGUUCGAACGACCAUGUUAGUUACUUGGGUGGACUGCUAGCGAGCGGUACUAUGCCCGGUACGUUCGAAUCAGGUGACGCUUUUGCGCGUGUUUUCGCUUAUAUUCAUUUAUUGGUUACUAAUAAUUGAUCUCUAAUAACGAUGGUUCAAAAUUCUAAAAGGCGUGUUCGUGUGAACACCAUUAACUUAGAAAAUAGCACCGGCUCGUCUAAUAACACAUUACCACCCCAUAUUAUUAGUAGUUCACCUAACAUAAAAGCCUCGAACAUAACUCUGACCCCUGUGGAAGAUGUUCUGUCCGAAAAAGUAGAGCUCUCUUACUUAACGUGCGUAAUUAAAGAGAUGCAGCUACAGAUAGAUGAAUUAAAAACGAAAUUAAGUCCACUAGAAUGUAUACCCGAAACUAUCUCACGUAUGAAAAAGGAACUGCAGGAUCCUACAAUCCUAAAGCUUUUUAACAUGACCUCUAGAAUGACUCAUACUGACUCAAAAAGUGCGAAGGAGUUAGAAAACGCCAUCGACUUUUUAUCCAGCGAAGUUGUUAGAAGGCUGGCUUCAAAACAAAACGCAACAGUGUAUACUGUACCGGGUAGCGAGCCCAUAAAGUCAGCCCAGCACUCAUUGCUGAAGGCUGUAAAUCUCUUGAAUGCACCUUGUCAGUGCAUUCGCCUAAGCAAGAAAGACCUAAAGCAUCCUUGUCCUAUACUCGAUAUGCAUCCACACAAACGAAAUUAAAAUUCUCGUGGGAUGUAUAUACAGAUCCCCCAAUAGCCCUGAAAUGGCUGAUAUAACUAUUGCAGAAAUACUAGAGCAUGUAGCCACGCUGGACUUUGACUACAAAGUAUUAUGUGGAGAUUUCAACUUACCUGGAGUAAACUGGGAUACCUGUACAGGACCUAGAAUCCAUGACGAGCUACUACAAGCUAUAGACAUAGGAGGAUGAAAGCAGCGCGUACGCCUCCCUACAAGUAACCAAAAUACUCUUGACUUAAUCCUCUGUCAUAAAAUAGAGCCCGUCUCGCCCUAAAGACACCAACUCCAUUUAUUGACCGGAAAAUGCGACUAAAACUAAAGAAAUUGGAAAGGAAAUACCAUGUAUUUAAGGAAUUUAAUGCGUUAAACCAAAUACAUGAAACUCUUAAUCUGCUUGAAGAGAAACACAAAAUGAAGUCAUAACAUGAGGAAAAUAAAGCGCUAACAGGUAACACCAAAACUCAGGAACUUUGUAGGGUAUUGCAAAAACGUCUAAAAAGCAGUAAAGACAAUAAUGUAAACAUCUUGGGACAUAGGGGUGUAAUACACAACGAUCCCUAGGUUAUAAGUGAACUCCUCAGUGAGUGGUUUUGCAAUGACACAAGAGUGCACCCGACCCCAAAUUUCCAAAUGACCUGCAAAAGUAACCACAAAUUAGGAGAAAUAGAUUUUAAUAUACAAAAUAUAGACUCAGCGAUUAAGACAUUGAAGUCAAAUGGCAGUACUGGAACAGACGACAUACCAUCUGUCAUAUACAAAAAUGGUAGCACGGAAAUGGUAGUCUUGUUACUUAGAAUAUUUACUCUGUCACUGGAAACCGGAACUUAUCCUGAAGUGUGGAAAACCACAUACAUAUUACCUAAGCACAAAGCAGGGGCCAAAACCAGUGCAUGCAACUAUAGACCUAUUAAUAUAACACCGGUAAUAUCACGAAUAAUGGAGAAAGUGGUUAAAGACCAAGUGUCAGACAACUUACUAGAACAUGAACUUAUCAAUCCAUCACAACACGGAUUCCUCAAAAAGAGAUCAUGUGUGACCUGUCACAUAGACUUUUUCAAUAAAGUUACACGAAGCAGGGACAACAGAGAACUAGUAAUUGUGCUAUAUUUCGAUAUAACAAAAGCCUUCGAUAGAGUCCCCCAUAAUCUGCUAGUCAGCAGGUUAUGCUCACUAGGGAUAUGUGACCCUCUCCUGAGCUGGAUAAAAUCGUUUCUCUGUGCCCGAAGUCAGAUAACAAAAGUUGGCUCGAUAAUCUCAAGGCCUAAACCUGUAAGUAGUGGUGUAAUCCAGGGAAGUGUAUUAGGCCCACUCCUAUUCAUAAUAUAUAUAAACAGUAUCUGUGAAUGCUUUAGUGUUGGUAAACCAAUACUAUAUGCAGAUGACUUAAAAGUGACCUAUAAAUGCAAGAACACAGAUCUCGGAAUAACAGUAAACGCCAUACAGCAAGAAUUAGAAAAAAUGGACAGAUGGUGUGACACCUGGCAACUCCAGUUUAAUGUCGACAAAUGUGGCUGGCUCUGCAUAGGUUGCAACAAUUUAGAACUUGACCUGACAAUUCAAGGCCAUGCACUCUUACGACUGGAAUCUGUAUUGGACCUAGGACUGAAAUACUCACCUGACUUAUCAUUUUCUGAACAUAUCUCCAAACAAGUGUCAAAGUCACGCAGACUUAUCGGCUUUCUACUCAGGAACUUUUACAGAAAUGAGUCCAGAAUUCUGUUGUACAAGGUUUGUGUGCGUCCUUUAUUUGAUUACUGUUCAUUCAUGUAUAGUAGUAUACGCAUAGAGGACAAAUUGAAAGUCGAGGGAGUGCAGAGGUACUUCACGUCAAAAUUACUCGGAACCGAAAAUGGUGCGAACUACUCCACUAGAUGUGACACCCUAGGAUUAGAAACACUAUGGCUAAGACGCCUGAGACUAAACUUAACACUUUGCUAUAAGCUUCUAAACCACUUAGUUUUUACCUCUACUAAUGGCACUCGACUUUCAGAUGACAGUGGCUACAAACUAAGACACACUAAGGGUAGAGUAGGUAUCGAACAAUGUAAAACAGCUACCAGGCAAAAGUUUUAUUUGAAUAGGUAUGCACAGAUAUGGAAUAAACUACCAAUGGAAAUGCGUCAAGCAGGUACAUUGGCCUCCUUCAAAAAAGUGCUUAACGACAAACUACAAGAGUUUGCAAACGAUAGUAGUCCUAGUUCCCAUCUGAGAGCCUCCGAAAUUAUAGGUCCAUUUAAUGUAUAAGCUUAAAU